CAGAGGAGGCGAGGAGGAGACGGACUUGGGAAAACCAGCUCGUCCUAAACUCGAUAUGUGCUUUAGCUACACGGAUUAACAGCAGCUUUAGAGGUUAUUGCUAACAUAUGAUACUGUUUCCACUCGUUCGCUGAUGUUAUUUCGACGCUAAAAAGCUGUUUGGCUCACUUUAGAGACGGUAAAGAGACGGGAGGGAGCCUCGUAAUCGGUUGUUUCCCUGUCAGAGCGGACGGAGCUGUGGUUGUGGCCGGGCAGCACCGCCGGACUGUCGGGACGAGACUAAAGCUUCCACGCGGAGUAUAACAACGAAAAUACACAAUUAAGACAUCAACUUUUUGUUACAGAAGCCCGGGAAUGCUAAAUUGAACACCCUUUUGAUGUUUUAAAGCUAUGCGACGGAGCCUUUCGAGGAUAAGUUUGAUUGGAGGACGGCGUAGUGCGCUUGAUUUCCAGUCCGAUGGAUGUUAGCCCUGCCCGGCUGUGGCUCAGCUUUCUUCUUCGCUGGUUUGAAAACGGCAGGUUGAACACCUCUAGGCACAGGUGAACACGUCUGUUCAUAACAAUGCUGCAAACCUGGCAAGUGAAUGACAGCUCUGGCUUGAAUGCCAAGAAGUCAACUGCUUGUGUGUAAACCUGGAAAUACCACCAUCUUCUUCAUCAUCACCCUCCUCUUCUUCGCUUCUUCUUUUUUUUUUUUGGACUAGUAAGGCUGACAUUACCUGGGAUAUUCUGGAUUCAGGCUUGAUUUUGACAUUUUAAAAUGUCCUUUUUGCAAAGACAGUGCUCUCUAGAGCAACAAGACAUCUAAUCUGACUCAUUUAUUUUAGAGAUUUUGUUGCUUUUUUGUUUGUUUUUAUUCUCUUUCCAGUCAGAGGAUCAGAUUCGGAUGGAAAAUGGGAGACGCCACCAAACUGGCCUUCGCCGUUUUCCUCAUCUCCUGCUCUUCAGGAGCCAUCCUGGGACGCUCAGAGACUCAGGAGUGCACCUACUACAACUCCAGCUGGGAGAAGGAGCGCACCAACCGCAGCGGCAUCGAGCCGUGCUAUGGCGACAAAGACAAGCGGCGGCACUGCUUCGCCACAUGGAAGAACGUGUCCGGGACCAUAGAGGUCGUGAAGCAGGGCUGCUGGCUGGACGACGUCAACUGCUACGACAGUAACGAGUGUGUGGAGAGGAAAGAGAGCCCGGAUGUCUUCUUCUGCUGCUGUGAAGGCAACAUGUGCAAUGAGAAGUUCCUGUACGCUCCUGAAGCGCCCCCACAGAGCGACCCGCACCAUUCUACCGCCUACACCACCUCUAACCCAUUUUCCCAGAAGCCCCAGCUCUUCAACACCCUUCUCUACUCCUUGGUUCCCAUCAUCGGCCUGGCAGCCGUCGUCCUCUUCUCCUUCUGGAUGUGGAGGCAUCACAAACUGGCCUACCCUGCUGCUCUGGUCCCCACACAUCACGCCUUUCACAUUAUGGUGGAGGAUCCCGGACCCUCUCCCCCGUCACCCGUUUUGGGGCACAAGCCGCUGCAGCUGAUCGAGGUGAAAGCCAGGGGCCGCUUUGGGUGUGUUUGGAAAGCUCAGCUGCUGAACGAAUACGUGGCGGUGAAGAUCUUCCCCAUUCAGGACAAGCUGUCUUGGCAGAACGAGUACGAGAUCUACAGCGUGAGCGGCAUGAAGCACGACAACAUCCUCCACUUCAUCGGCGUGGAGAAGAGGAACAACAACCUGGACCUGGAGCUGUGGCUCAUCACCGCCUACCACGACAAGGGCUCGCUCACCGACUACCUGAAGGCCAACGUUGUGUCCUGGAACGAGCUGUGUCACAUCGCUCAGACAGCUGCCCGUGGCCUCGCCUACCUCCACGAAGAUAUCCCGGGGCACAAAGACGGACACAAGCCCUCCAUCGCUCACAGGGACAUUAAGAGUAAGAAUGUGCUGUUGAAGAAUAAUCUGACAGCCUGCAUAGCGGACUUUGGCCUCGCUCUGAAGUUUGAAGCAGGAAAAUCAGCAGGAGACACUCACGGACAGGUGGGAACACGGCGCUACAUGGCGCCUGAAGUCCUCGAGGGCGCCAUCAACUUCCAGCGGGACUCCUUCCUGCGUAUCGACAUGUACGCCUUUGGCCUCGUGCUGUGGGAGCUCGCAGCACGCUGCACGGCCGCUGACGGCCCAGUGGACGAGUACAUGCUCCCGUUUGAGGAGGAGGUGGGUCAGCAUCCGUCUCUGGAGGACAUGCAGGAGGUCGUCGUUCACAAGAAGCUGCGGCCCUGCCUGAGGGACUGCUGGCAGAAACACACGGGUCUCGCCAUGCUCUGCGAAACUAUCGAAGACUGCUGGGACCACGAGGCCGAGGCUCGCCUGUCCGCAGGCUGCGUCGAGGAGCGCAUCGGCCAAAUGCAGCGCCAAGCUCCCAUCAUCGGCCCUGAGGAGAUCGUCACCGUUGUCACCAUGGUGACCAACGUGGACCUCCCGCCCAAGGAGUCCAGCUUAUGAUCAGUCUGACGAGCUUGCAGAAACACGGAUCAGCGCGAGGGGGGAUGAACGGCCGACCCUGGUUGGUUGGCGUUGAGUUUUUUUCUCUCUUUUUUUCUUUUUGUUUUUUUAUUUUUCGUUCCUUUAAGUGCGGGCCGCUACUUCAGGAAACACCCUGCGCCCACCUCACCACAUCAGUCGAUAUCCACCUCAUUUUGAUAUGUGUGCCUGAGGAUUUUGACAUUUUAACGUUCGAGACAAACUCUCAUCCCGAGCAAACGAUUCAGGAUUUUAAGGAGUGAAAGCGUCGACAUGCUGGGACAAAACACUUUGAUCAUGUAUUGUUUUUAUACACAUACACUCACACAGGAGGGCGACCGCUUCUGCUCGGGUUUUCUACAGAGAGAGGAGACCCGGCGGGGAAAUUUCACAGAACUCUCAGUGCAUUUUAGUGUAAAAACAAAAGAAAAAAAAAAAAAAGACGAGCACCUGGCUCUGGAUUCAUUUGCUGUUUUCUCGUGUGCGUUUUUUUUUUCUUUUUGAAGAAACGACUAUCGUUCUGCCAAUAAGCAACGGCUUCUGAAUGUUUAUAGUGUAAUGCUGCUGUACAUAGUGUAUUAUGGACCCAGACAACUUGGUAA